AAACCGCACCUUCUUUUACUUCUUUUACAGUCACGUGACGAAGUCAACACAGGAAGUAAGGAUGGCGACCGCCUACGAGAGGUUCAAUUUGCAUGCAACUGUGGACAAGUUCUACAUUGAAGCCUGUGAUGAUGGCGCCACUGAUGUCCUUGUCAUUGAUCGGAUUUCCAUGGAGAUGACCCUCACAGGAACACAAGACAUCCCUCCGUCUGGCAUUACUCGCCCCAUCUGUGGCAUCAUGGGAACCAUUCGGUUGGUGGCUGGCAUGUACCUCAUUGUCAUCACGCGAAAGAGAAAGAUGGGUGAGCUGGCCGGCCACACUGUGUGGAGGGCCAUGGAGUUUGACGUGAUCCCUUACAAGAAGACCAUCCUGCACCUCACAGAGACUCAGACGCAGGAUAACCGGAUGUUCCUCAGUAUGAUCAACAGUGUGCUGAACACCGAUGGCUUUUACUUCUGCACUGACUACGACCUCACACACACCCAGCAGAGACUUGCCAACACCAGCCCAGACUUCCAGGAGAUGAGCCUUCUCGAGCGAGCAGAUCAGAGGUUUGUCUGGAACGGCAACCUGCUCAGAGACAUCAUUGGCCAGCCUGAGCUGCACAAGUUUGCCUUCCCAGUCAUCCACGGCUUUGUGGUGAUGAAGCCCUGCAGCAUCAAUGGGAAGAUCUUCGAGUGGAUCCUCAUCUCCAGACGCAGCUGCUUCAGAGCUGGAGUCCGCUACUAUGUCAGAGGCAUUGACUCCGAGGGACAUGCUGCUAAUUUUGUGGAGACUGAACAGAUUGUACAGUACCAGGGCGGGCGGUCCUCCUUUGUCCAGACUCGAGGCUCGAUGCCAUUCUUCUGGUCCCAGAGGCCGAACCUGAAGUACAAGCCCAAACCCCUGAUCAGCAGCAGUACCAAUCACAUGGAUGGCUUCAAGAGACAUUUUGAGUCUCAAGUGCUUAUCUAUGGGAAGCAGGUCCUACUCAAUCUGGUCAAUCAGAAGGGCUCAGAGAAGCCUCUGGAGGAGGCCUUUGCUAAGAUGGUGGACAGUAUGGACAACGUCUUGAUAAGGUAUGUUGCCUUUGACUUCCAUAAGGAGUGCAGUAAAAUGCGUUGGCACCGGCUACAGAUUCUGGUGGACAAUGUAGCUGAGAAUCAGGACGAGUAUGGGUACUUCUGGGGGGACUCGGCUGGAAAGGUGGUGUCCCAGCAGAGUGGCACGUUCCGCAGUAACUGCAUGGACUGUCUGGACCGGACCAACGUCAUCCAGAGCCUUCUGGCCCGCCGCUCGCUGCAGAGCCAGCUGCAGAGGAUGGGUGUCCUCCACGUGGGCCAGAAGGUCGAGGAGCAGGCGACCUUUGAGAAGAUCUAUAAAAACGCCUGGGCCGAUAACGCAGACGCGUGUGCUGUGCAGUAUGCAGGCACGGGUGCUCUCAAGACUGACUUCACCAGGACAGGGAAAAGAACUCAGUGGGGCUUAGUGAUGGAUGGUUGGAACUCCAUGAUCCGCUACUACAAGAACAACUUCUCAGAUGGCUAUAGACAGGAUUCCAUUGACCUGUUCCUUGGCAACUACACUGUGGAUGACACAGACGGACCAACGCCCCUGCAAGUGCAGAAGGACUGGAAGUUCAUGAUGCUGCCUCUCGUCCUGUUGGCGGCCUUUUCCAUGUGUAUCCUCUGCCUCCUAAUGGCCGGUGACACUUGGACCGAGACGCUGGCCUAUGUGUUGUUCUGGGGCAUGGCCAGUGCUCUCACCUCCGCUGUGAUCGUCUUCAACGGGAAAGACUUUGUGGAUGCCCCCAAGCUGGUCCAGAAGGAGAAGAUGGACUGAGACUAUGUGUGUCGGUGUUUGUGUGUGUGUGUGUGUGUGUGUGUUGGGUGUGUUAAACAGUUUGGCUCUGCAGUUUGUACCUCUUCUCAACUGGACCUGCUGCCUCUUUGAGUGGAUGCAACACUUCCCGAUGUGUGUUUGUUUUUUUUUUUGUUUUUUUUUUUUUCUUUUCUUAAUUCUCUGUGGACACUAUACCUCUCCUCCCUCUCCUACCCUAUGUGAAGACACCUCACAUUUUCUCUCCAGCCUUCAUUUCCUCUGCACACACAACUUCAGGUGUGCCCCCCCCCCCCCCCCCCGUGAGGUUCAACAGUCUUCAACUCAUAAUAAUGGCUUCAUCAUUGCAUGGUUCAAGUCAGAUGGUGUGGAGUCCUUCUGUAGUUAGGGUUAAAUCUUUCCCUUCAGGGAUCAAACAUAGCGUGAGAGAUGCAGAAGACUCCAGACUCUCUUUCCAUAGACUGUUGUCGCCCCCUCUCUGUGGGCGCUGCUACUGCUGCUGGGGUAAUGUUGAGGGCAUUCCAUUCUCAUGGGUCGGAUUUGCACUCUCUCCUGUGGUCAUCAGUGUGAGGAUAGGUGUGAUGUAUGAAAUAGAUUGUGUUUCUUGUCUGGUCCUUACUAUUGAAUGUCAUUAGCCUUACUGAAGUAUACACUACAAAUGUAUUUAACCCUGAUGUUUUAAUAAUGUGAAAUUCUUGGGGAAAUGUGUGGCAAUAAGAGCUUACAGCUCUUGUCCUGAAAUAGGGCAUUACGUCUGUGCAAACACUACAUCACACAUUAGGUAUUGGUUCCAGUGGAUAUUAACGGUUUGAGCACUAAACAUGCUAUACUUUGUAAUGGCAAGUCUUGAUCAGAUUUGAGGGGAAAGUUUGACCAGAUUUCUGUGACCGCUUUAUUUGGACUAGUGCACUGAGGGUUUGGAAGAAACUUUGCGGAGUGGCCUGUAGCUGUACUUCCAGCAGGAGAGAAGUGAAAACCACGUCAUCAUAACAGCACAACAGUGUGUUUUAGGGGUGUUGGGGACACAAAAUCAGAAUGUACUGUAGAUAACCCUUCAGUGAUGCCUUCCGAGCAGUCCUCAUCCAAAAGACCCAAGCUGGAUCGGGGGGCAUUGGGGGGAAAAGUAACAUGACCGCCGGUUGGUUGUGACACUUUAUUGCAAAGUGUUACUGUUCUUUGAAACGAUAUCCAGCUUCAGCAGAUUUAACCAUGCACACAGCACCUGAGCACUUAUGAUUUAAUAUCUCCUGGUGUGGAUAUGUGUUUUUGAUGAACUGUUACGUAAAUAGCUUUGAUUAAAUAGGUCAUCUGAAACCGCUCUUAAAUUCAGUCCAAUAAAAAAACCUAUUGUGUCAAUCUGAACUGUAAAUUGCUCAUUCGAACUAAUCUCUGUAAUUAUGUACUUUACUGUAUAUUUAACCAAAUUGUUAGUAAAAUGAGCACUUGGAGUAUAUAGAGUUUAGUAGCAAUGUGACCACCUUACUGUUGAUACUGGCAACCAUGGUGAUUGUCGUCAUGGUGCAGUGUACUGUAUUGUGUUAAGAGUAUGAAUUGCCUGAUGUUUGACCAUUGAAUCAUGCACAUAUGCUUCAUUCCAAAUUCCCUUUACAUUUAAGCAAGCAUGCUCCUGGGCUGCGCUAAUGAAGGCCUGAUUGAUAAAGUUGUCCUCUAUCUAACUGAUCAUGUUACCUGUUGACCAAUGGAAAUGUGUCUUUCUUAUUUUAUUUCACAGGCAGUAUUCACUUCCUGUAAGGAAACUUUAAUCUGAUAGCAUUCUGUUUUAUGGAGUAAUUGAUCUCGAACCAUUAAAACAUUUUCCAGAAAUGUA